CAACUUGGAAGGGAUGUUGUGUUCUUACUGGAUGGAUCCGAUAGUACUAGCACCGGCUUCACAGCUAUGCGAGACUUUGUCCGAAGAGUAGUUGAGACACUCAGUGUGGAUGACAGCAAAGACCGUGUCUCAGUGGUUCAGUACAGCAGAGAUCCAGCCGUCCAGUUCUAUCUCAACACAUACACAACAAAACGUGAGAUCCUUGACACUGUCAGAGGCUUGAGGCACAAAGGCGGGAGACCCCUCAACACUGGAGCAGCUCUCCAGUACCUGAGGGAUAACGUCUUCACUGCUUCUGCCGGAAGCAGGCGCCUGGAGGGAGUUCCACAGGUGCUGAUAUUGCUAAGCGGUGGAAGAUCUUUCGACAGCGUUGAUGCACCAUCCUCUGCUCUUAAACAGUUGGGUGUCUUGACCUUUGCAAUUGGAAGCAGAGGCUCUGACAGUCGAGAACUGCAGAAGAUAUCCCACGAACCCAGUUACGCCCUUUCUGUGUCUGAAUUUGCUGACCUUCCCAGUGUCCAACAGCAACUGCAGGCCUCCGUGGAAGCCGUAGUUAUUGACGUCACCCCAGAAACACCAACUCCAACUGUUGACACGGCCAAAAAGGAUGUCGUAUUUCUCUUGGAUGGCUCUGAUGGCACAAGGAAUGGCUUCCCUGCCAUUCGAGAUUUUGUUGAAAGAGUGGUGGAGAAACUCAGUGUAGGAGAAAACAAAGACCGUGUAUCUGUGGUCCAGUACAGCAGAGAAUCAGAGGUCCAUUUCUAUCUGAACACAUAUAAGACAAGAGAGGAUAUUGUGGACGCGGUGAGAGGGCUCAGACACAGAGGAGGAAGACCCCUCAACACCGGGGCAGCCCUACAAUAUGUCAGAGACAAUGUCUUUACAAACUCCUCGGGGAGUCGGCGCUUGCAAGGUGUUCCCCAGAUGCUGAUCCUGCUAACAGGGGGAAGGUCUUUUGACAAUGUAGAUGCCUCAGCUGCUGCUCUCAGACAGCAGGGUAUUUUUGUGAUUGGCAUUGGAACGAGGACAGCUGACAGCAGAGAGCUGCAGAAGUUAUCUUAUGAGCCAAGUGAUGCUCUGUCGGUGUCUGAGUUCACCGAUCUCCCCAGUGUCCAAGAACAGCUCUCCUCUGCAAUAAGUACAGUAAGGGCCAAGCCCAUGACAACAACAGUGACUGUGGUGAGACAGCAACUUGGAAGGGAUGUUGUGUUCUUACUGGAUGGAUCCGAUAGUACUAGCACCGGCUUCACAGCUAUGCGAGACUUUGUCCGAAGAGUAGUUGAGACACUCAGUGUGGAUGACAGCAAAGACCGUGUCUCAGUGGUUCAGUACAGCAGAGAUCCAGCCGUCCAGUUCUAUCUCAACACAUACACAACAAAACGUGAGAUCCUUGACACUGUCAGAGGCUUGAGGCACAAAGGCGGGAGACCCCUCAACACUGGAGCAGCUCUCCAGUACCUGAGGGAGAACGUCUUCACUGCUUCUGCCGGAAGCAGGCGCCUGGAGGGAGUUCCACAGGUGCUGAUAUUGCUAAGCGGUGGAAGAUCUUUCGACAGCGUUGAUGCACCAUCCUCUGCUCUCAAACAGUUGGGUGUCUUGACCUUUGCAAUUGGAAGCAGAGGCUCUGACAGUCGAGAACUGCAGAAGAUAUCCCACGAACCCAGUUACGCCCUUUCUGUGUCUGAAUUUGCUGACCUUCCCAGUGUCCAACAGCAACUGCAGGCCUCCGUGGAAGCCGUAGUUAUUGACGUCACCCCAGAAACACCAACUUCAACUGUUGACACGGCCAAAAAGGAUGUCGUAUUUCUCUUGGAUGGCUCUGAUGGCACAAGGAAUGGCUUCCCUGCCAUUCGAGAUUUUGUUGAAAGAGUGGUGGAGAAACUCAGUGUAGGAGAAAACAAAGACCGUGUAUCUGUGGUCCAGUACAGCAGAGAAUCAGAGGUCCAUUUCUAUCUGAACACAUAUAAGACAAGAGAGGAUAUUGUGGACGCGGUGAGAGGGCUCAGACACAGAGGAGGAAGACCCCUCAACACCGGGGCAGCCCUACAAUAUGUCAGAGACAAUGUCUUUACAAACUCCUCGGGGAGUCGGCGCUUGCAAGGUGUUCCCCAGAUGCUGAUCCUGCUAACAGGGGGAAGGUCUUUUGACAAUGUAGAUGCCUCAGCUGCUGCUCUCAGACAGCAGGGUAUUUUUGUGAUUGGCAUUGGAACGAGGACAGCUGACAGCAGAGAGCUGCAGAAGUUAUCUUAUGAGCCAAGUGAUGCUCUGUCGGUGUCUGAGUUCACCGAUCUCCCCAGUGUCCAAGAACAGCUCUCCUCUGCAAUAAGUACAGUAAGGGCCAAGCCCAUGACAACAACAGUGACUGUGGUGAGACAGCAACUUGGAAGGGAUGUUGUGUUCUUACUGGAUGGAUCCGAUAGUACUAGCACCGGCUUCACAGCUAUGCGAGACUUUGUCCGAAGAGUAGUUGAGACACUCAGUGUGGAUGACAGCAAAGACCGUGUCUCAGUGGUUCAGUACAGCAGAGAUCCAGCCGUCCAGUUCUAUCUCAACACAUACACAACAAAACGUGAGAUCCUUGACACUGUCAGAGGCUUGAGGCACAAAGGCGGGAGACCCCUCAACACUGGAGCAGCUCUCCAGUACCUGAGGGAGAACGUCUUCACUGCUUCUGCCGGAAGCAGGCGCCUGGAGGGAGUUCCACAGGUGCUGAUAUUGCUAAGCGGUGGAAGAUCUUUCGACAGCGUUGAUGCACCAUCCUCUGCUCUCAAACAGUUGGGUGUCUUGACCUUUGCAAUUGGAAGCAGAGGCUCUGACAGUCGAGAACUGCAGAAGAUAUCCCACGAACCCAGUUACGCCCUUUCUGUGUCUGAAUUUGCUGACCUUCCCAGUGUCCAACAGCAACUGCAGGCCUCCGUGGAAGCCGUAGUUAUUGACGUCACCCCAGAUACACCAACUUCAACUGUUGACACGGCCAAAAAGGAUGUCGUAUUUCUCUUGGAUGGCUCUGAUGGCACAAGGAAUGGCUUCCCUGCCAUUCGAGAUUUUGUUGAAAGAGUGGUGGAGAAACUCAGUGUAGGAGAAAACAAAGACCGUGUAUCUGUGGUCCAGUACAGCAGAGAAUCAGAGGUCCAUUUCUAUCUGAACACAUAUAAGACAAGAGAGGAUAUUGUGGACGCGGUGAGAGGGCUCAGACACAGAGGAGGAAGACCCCUCAACACCGGGGCAGCCCUACAAUAUGUCAGAGACAAUGUCUUUACAAACUCCUCGGGGAGUCGGCGCUUGCAAGGUGUUCCCCAGAUGCUGAUCCUGCUAACAGGGGGAAGGUCUUUUGACAAUGUAGAUGCCUCAGCUGCUGCUCUCAGACAGCAGGGUAUUUUUGUGAUUGGCAUUGGAACGAGGACAGCUGACAGCAGAGAGCUGCAGAAGUUAUCUUAUGAGCCAAGUUAUGUUCUGUCGGUGUCUGAGUUCACCGAUCUCCCCAGUGUCCAAGAACAGCUCUCCUCUGCAAUAAGUACAGUAAGGGCCAAGCCCAUGACAACAACAGUGACUGUGGUGAGACAGCAACUUGGAAGGGAUGUUGUGUUCUUACUGGAUGGAUCCGAUAGUACUAGCACCGGCUUCACAGCUAUGCGAGACUUUGUCCGAAGAGUAGUUGAGACACUCAGUGUGGAUGACAGCAAAGACCGUGUCUCAGUGGUUCAGUACAGCAGAGAUCCAGCCGUCCAGUUCUAUCUCAACACAUACACAACAAAAGGCGAGAUCCUUGACACUGUCAGAGGCUUGAGGCACAAAGGCGGGAGACCCCUCAACACUGGAGCAGCUCUCCAGUACCUGAGGGAGAACGUCUUCACUGCUUCUGCCGGAAGCAGGCGCCUGGAGGGAGUUCCACAGGUGCUGAUAUUGCUAAGCGGUGGAAGAUCUUUCGACAGCGUUGAUGCACCAUCCUCUGCUCUCAAACAGUUGGGUGUCUUGACCUUUGCAAUUGGAAGCAGAGGCUCUGACAGUCGAGAACUGCAGAAGAUAUCCCACGAACCCAGUUACGCCCUUUCUGUGUCUGAAUUUGCUGACCUUCCCAGUGUCCAACAGCAACUGCAGGCCUCCGUGGAAGCCGUAGUUAUUGACGUCACCCCAGAAACACCAACUCCAACUGUUGACACGGCCAAAAAGGAUGUCGUAUUUCUCUUGGAUGGCUCUGAUGGCACAAGGAAUGGCUUCCCUGCCAUUCGAGAUUUUGUUGAAAGAGUGGUGGAGAAACUCAGUGUAGGAGAAAACAAAGACCGUGUAUCUGUGGUCCAGUACAGCAGAGAAUCAGAGGUCCAUUUCUAUCUGAACACAUAUAAGACAAGAGAGGAUAUUGUGGACGCGGUGAGAGGGCUCAGACACAGAGGAGGAAGACCCCUCAACACCGGGGCAGCCCUACAAUAUGUCAGAGACAAUGUCUUUACAAACUCCUCGGGGAGUCGGCGCUUGCAAGGUGUUCCCCAGAUGCUGAUCCUGCUAACAGGGGGAAGGUCUUUUGACAAUGUAGAUGCCUCAGCUGCUGCUCUCAGACAGCAGGGUAUUUUUGUGAUUGGCAUUGGAACGAGGACAGCUGACAGCAGAGAGCUGCAGAAGUUAUCUUAUGAGCCAAGUUAUGUUCUGUCGGUGUCUGAGUUCACCGAUCUCCCCAGUGUCCAAGAACAGCUCUCCUCUGCAAUAAGUACAGUAAGGGCCAAGCCCAUGACAACAACAGUGACUGUGGUGAGACAGCAACCUGGAAGGGAUGUUGUGUUCUUACUGGAUGGAUCCGAUAGUACUAGAACCGGCUUUACAGCUAUGCGAGACUUUGUCCGAAGAAUAGUUGAGACACUCAGUGUGGAUGACAGCAAAGACCGUGUCUCAGUGGUUCAGUACAGCAGAGAUCCAGCCGUCCAGUUCUAUCUCAACACAUACACAACAAAAGGCAAGAUCCUUGACACUGUCAGAGGCUUGAGGCACAAAGGCGGGAGACCCCUCAACACUGGAGCAGCUCUCCAGUACCUGAGGGAUAACGUCUUCACUGCUUCGGCUGGAAGCAGGCGCAUGGAGGGAGUUCCACAGGUUCUGAUAUUGCUAAGCGGUGGAAGAUCUUUCGACAGUGUUGAUGCACCAUCCUCUGCUCUCAAACAGUUGGGUGUCUUGACCUUUGCAAUUGGAAGCAGAGGCUCUGACAGUCGAGAACUGCAGAAGAUAUCCCACGAACCCAGUUACGCCCUUUCUGUGUCUGAAUUUACUGACCUUCCCAGUGUCCAACAGCAACUGCAGGCCUCCAUUGAGAGCUAUACCAUUAAGGCAUUGCAGGGAUUCAGAAAAGACGUUGUGUUCCUUGUCGAUGGAUCCGGUGGCGUUGGACGGGAAUUUGCUAUCAUUCAAGAGUUUAUUCGCAGGGUCGUGGAAAGUCUCAAUGUGGGCGAGAACAAGAUUCGCAUUGGUGUUGUCCAAUAUGGUGACUUUGCUCAGCCUGACAUGUACUUAAAUACACAUGCAACAAAAGAAGGUGUUUUGAAUGGCAUCAGGGAAAUGAGCCAGCGAGGAGGAAGACAGCGAAACCUGGGUCAAGCUUUGCGGUUUCUCACACAGGAUGUUUUGACACCAGCACGAGGGAGCAGAAAGCAAGAGGGUGUCCCACAAUUUGUGAUUGUUGUGUCCAGUGGAUCUUCUACCGAUGACUUCAGCAGUGCAGCAUCUUCCCUCAAACAAUCCAGAAUACUUCCCUUCAGCAUUGGCACCAGGGAUGUCAACCCCACAGAGCUACGGGUAGUGUCAUACGUGCCCAAUUUUGCUUUCACUGUAGAUGACCUUCCUGGACUGUACACUGUUCAAGAGACCCUAAUCAACACACUCACAGAGUUAUCAGAUGAGGAUAUCUCAAAGUUGAUGCCAGUGUUUCCAACUUAUGAAGUAAUCACACCAACACCCACAGGUGGAGGAAAGAGAGACGUUGUAUUUCUUGUUGAUGGCACAACAGCAAUGCGUAGUGAGUUCCCAUCCAUCCGCGAAAUGAUUAGAAGAGUUGUGGGGAAGAUGGACGUAGGACUGGAUAAGGUCCGGGUGUCAGUGGUACAGUACAGCGAUGACCCAAAAUCCGAAUUUCUGCUCAAUCAAUUCUCCACCAAAAAUGAAGUCCAAGAGGCUGUGUCAAAACUUAGAAGCAGAGGAGGAAAUCGUUUAAACACAGGUCGUGCUAUAGAGUGGGUCUCCAGAAACAUCUACCAGAGGUCAGCAGGAAGCCGCAUUGAAGAUGGUGUACCUCAGUUACUCAUUGUAGUUACUGGUGGCAAGUCUACAGAUGAUGUAUCCACACCAGCUAACCAACUUAAAAGGAAUUUUGUUGCACCUAUUGCAAUUGGUUCAGCGGCUGCAGAUCCAGAAGAACUGAGACAGAUUUCGCUAAAGCAAGACCUUGUCUAUAAAGUUGACAAUUUCCAACAACUUCCAAGAGUGGAGCAACAGCUUAUCAGUUCAAUCACAACAAUAUCCACUGCUGGCACCACCAGUAUUGUUCCUCCGACUGUGGAAUAUGGUAAGGUGGAUCUGGGGAGAAAAGACAUUGUUUUCCUUAUUGAUGGCUCAGAUAGUACAGGUACAGCUGGGAUUGCUCACAUCCGUGACUUCAUUCUCAGCAUCAUCCAACAACUUGAUGUGCAGCCUGAUCAAGUGCGUGUGGCAGUUGUCCAAUAUUCAGACAAAGUUAAAACAGAGUUCUCACUCAACUCACACAACACCAAGUCAGCUGUUAUUUCUGCUGUCAGAAGACUUCGUCAGAUGGGAGGACGAUCAUCAGACCUGGCUGAUGGCAUUCAAUAUGUCAUGCAGAAUGAGUUAAAACCAUCAGCCGGUGUUCGUGAAACUGAAGCCUCCCAGCAUCUUGUAGUCCUCACAGGUGCUCGCUCCAGCCAAGAAGUCUAUCUCUAUGGACCUGUGCUUAAGAGUGCUAAGGUCAACUGCGUCAGUAUUGGAGCUGGUCGUGCUGACACAAGGCAACUAUCCCAAAUCACCACCACCCCAGGUGAUGUUCUUCAGGUACCUACAUUCCCAGGUCUGCCAACAGUACGAGAGGCGUUUAUUACCAGACUAGCCGGAUUCCGAAAGGACAUUUUCCCAACUUAUGAGACUCCUACGGAAGGCCUGCCUCCAGCUAAAAAGGCUGAUAUUGUUUUUCUAAUGGAUAGCUCCAUCAACUUAGGCCGAAAAAACUUCAAUGAUGUGAAGGAUUUCGUCAUCAACCUCAUUGACCUGUUCUUCUCUGAGAGAGACAACCUACGAAUUGGUCUAGCUCAUUAUGCUGUAGAUGUGAGUGAUGCCUUUUACCUCAACACACACAAGAACAGGGAUGACAUUUUGAAUGCAAUUGGCCAAGUAGAAUACAAAGGUGGACGGGAAAUAAACACUGGUGCAGCCAUUCGCCAUGUUCAAGAUGUCCACUUCACUAAGGGGAAAGGCAGUAGAAUGGAUGAUGGCACUCCUCAGAUCCUUAUUGUUGUUACUGGAGGACGUUCAUCUGACGACAGUAAAACAGCUGCCCUUGGUUUGAAAAACAAAGGUGUAAGAAUCUUUGCUGUGGGAGUGGGCGACAUUCAGGACGAGUUGGAGAACUUAGCAAGUGAGUCUUCCACCAUGGCUCGGGCAAGCAACUUUCAGGAACUUUCGGAACUCAAUGAGCAAAUCCUGGAGACGUUGGACGACGAAAUAAAAGGAAAGUUGUGUGUAGGAGUGCAAGAUAUGACUAGAGCCUGCAAGGUUGAGGUGUUAGUAGGCUUUGAUGUGUCUGCCCAGAACAUCUUCAGUGCUCAAACUAACCUCCAGAGCAAGAUGGGUGCCAUUUUGCAGAGGAUUUCCAAAAUGGCACAUAUCAGUUGCUCAGGUGGACAGACUCCCACUGUGGAAGUGGGAAUGCUGGCUUUGGAUUCUGCCUCAGAGCCAGUCCAGCUAGACUUCACGGACAAUCCUGAUAGGCUGUUUGAGUCCUUCAGAGGCCUGCGGAAUAGCGGUCCCUUUUUCCUUAAUGGCCAGACAAUCUCAGCUUACAUCAAUAGGUUCAAAGCCAGACAAGACAACAUUGUCAAGGUUAUAAUUCAUCUGACUGACGGUCUUGAUAUGGUCUCAUAUGCUGAAAUGAAAAGGCGUGUUGAGGAGCUUCGUCGGUCAGGAGUGAACACCUUUAUUCUGGUUGGACUGGAGAGAGUACAAAAGUUUGAGGAAGCUUCGUUGUUAGAAUUUGGUCGUGGAUUCAGGUACACCCGACCCUUAAGACUCAAUAUCAUGGACUUGGACUAUGAACUCAUGGAAGAACUGGACAAUAUUGCAGAAAGGGAAUGCUGUGGAGUGCCUUGUAAAUGUACAGGUAACAGAGGAGACAGAGGAGCAGUGGGACAGCCAGGGUCUAAGGGUAGUCCAGGAUUACCAGGGAGCCAGGGACAUCCUGGUGAUGAGGGCGGACCUGGAGAAAGAGGUCCUCCUGGUGUAAAUGGAACUCAGGGUUUCCAGGGAUGUCCAGGACAGAGAGGGGUCAAGGGCUCUCGUGGGUACUCAGGAGAAAAGGGUGAAUCUGGAGAAAUUGGGCUUGAUGGCAUCAAUGGAGAGGAGGGUAAAAGUGGAGUUGCUGGGCCCCCAGGUGGAAGAGGAAACCCUGGCAGAAGAGGUCCUAAAGGUGCUAAAGGACAAGCAGGAGACAUAGGACAAAUGGGACUCAGAGGGGAUCCUGGUACAAGUGGAAGAGAUAACAACCUUGGAGGGCCGAAAGGAGACCCUGGUGAUGCUGGGCCAGCGGGACAGCCUGGUGAAGAUGGAAGGAAGGGAGGCCCUGGUGAACCAGGAAGAAGGGGAGCUGCUGGCAGAAGAGGCUCACCUGGACAACCUGGAAGUGCUGGAAGUCCAGGAGCUGUUGGUUUGCAGGGAGAACCUGGUAUUGCAGGAUCCAGAGGUAACUCUGGACCCCAGGGGACACCAGGACCUCGAGGAGAGGGCGGAAGCCCUGGACCAAGAGGUCCUGGAGGUAUCCCAGGUCCCAUUGGUGAAAAAGGUAGAAGAGGACCUCUUGGUCGCAAGGGAGAGCCUGGGGACCCAGGACAAAAGGGUAUCAUUGGGCCCCUUGGCCCCCGAGGAGAGCCUGGUGAAGAUGGCAGAGAUGGGAUGGGUUUUGAAGGCCCAAAAGGAAGAAAGGGUGAUCCAGGUUUCCCAGGAUUCCCUGGACUCAAGGGAGCAGCUGGAGAUCCUGGUUCCCGGGGUGGGCCUGGUCCCAGAGGAAACCGUGGACAGAGGGGUGUCUCAGGGGGUUUUGGCACAGCUGGACAAAAGGGAGAGGUUGGAUAUCCUGGGCCAUAUGGUAUGAAAGGACCAAGAGGACCUGGUGUUAAUCAAUGUGACCUCGUCAAAAAGAUCCGAGAUAACUGUCCAUGCUGCUUUGGUAAGCAGGAAUGCCCACUCUACCCCACUGAGCUGGCCUUUGCCCUGGAUGCUUCUCAGGGACUUGAUCGUUCAGUCUUCAACAACAUGCUUAACACAGUUGUGCGGCUAGUCAAAAACAUCACCAUUACUGAGAGCAACUGUCCAAGAGGAGCUCGCGUUGCUCUGACCCUGUACAACAAUGAAGUAAUCACCGAGGUCAGAUUUGCUGAUGCAAUGAAGAAACGAGCUCUAGUGGAGCGCCUUGAGGGACUGCAAAUUCCACAGACAAGAAAGCCGCGUAGCCUGGAAACAGCCAUGAGCUUUGUGGCCCAGAACACCUUUAAGAGGGUGCGCAGUGGUUUCCUUAUGAGGAAGGUAGCCAUCUUUUUCGUGGGUGAUGUAGUUGGUCAGACACAAGCAAUUACAAAUGCAGCUAUCCGCCUCCACGAUGCUGGAAUCGCCACUCUGUUCCUGGUCAACCGUGCAGACACAGCACUCAACAGAGCAGUGAAGGUCAACAACACAGCAUUGGCCCAGGUGAUUGUUCUUCCAGCCCCUGGAAGUACACAGUACAAUUCGGUCCUUCAAAAGAUCAUGAGCUGCCAUGUCUGCUUAGAUGUCUGCUCUCCAGACCAAAUGUGUGACUAUUUACCCCAAUUAAUUAGCCGAGACAGGAGGUCUUUCCAGUCUGAUGUGGACAUCGACAUGGCUUUUAUAAUAGACAGCUCUGAAUCUACUUACCCAUCCUUCUUUGUUGAGAUCAAGCAAUACAUAGCUCACAUGGUGGAGCAGCUUCACAUAUCUUCGAAUCCCACUUCAUCCAUUCACCACGCCAGAGUCUCUGUCAUCCAACAAGCUCCUUACGAGUUUAUCAACAACAAAACUGGCUCUCCCAUUCAUGUGGACAUUGGCUUGACAGAACACCAAACAGCUCAGGAUAUUGUUAAAUUCUUGCUGAAGAAGACACAGCAGUUAGAGGGUGGUCGCGCGCUCUCAGCGGCUAUUGAAUCUACAGUGGAGCAAGUGUUUGAGAAAGCUCCAUACCCACGUGACAGGAAGGUACUCAUACUGUUUGUGACAGGAAAUGUGGAGCAGGAAGAGGAGCAGCUGGUGCGCAUUGCCACUGAAAUAAAAUGUAAAGGCUACUUCUUGGUCAUCAUGGGUGUUGGUCAAACAAUUACAGCUAGGGAUGCUCAUGUCCUGGCCCGCAUGGCAAGCGAACCUUCAGACGUCUUCUUCAAGCGGCUGGAAAGCAUUUCUAACUUCUAUGACAAACGCAUUCAGACCUUUGGCCAGCUGCUGCCAAAGUACAUCAGCAUUGAAAAUGCUCAAUACAUGUCCCCUGAGCUAUCCAAAAACUGCACAUGGUUCCAGAGUGACCAACCAGUAAAACACCCAUUCACAUCAUCAAAGCAACCUGAGAAACAUCAGAAACAUCAUGAAAGUCACCAAGACAUUCUUCAAAGAAAGCACGAUGAGGAGCUGCAUGUCUCUAAUGUCACCUCCAGCAGCUUGAAGUUGCGAUGGAGCAGCUUAGAGCCAAAGCUCUUUGUUUACUUUGAGGUUGUAGUUACACGUUUGCACGACCAUGUCCUGGUGCUUAAGACCAAUGUAUCAGGCACAGAGCUUUAUGUGGACAACUUGGACUGCUCUCAAACAUACCAUGCUGUAGUCACGGCCUACACAGCAGAAGGUCAAAUUGUCUCCACCCGCAAAGGAAUCGUCACCACCAAAGCAGCAGACCACAAAGCAGCCAGCCAAAGCACCAGUACUGUAAAUACCGCACCACUGGACAAACCUGAGACUGUUAUUGAACAUGCAGACCCAUGCUUGCUUGACCAUGAUCCUGGAAUGCCGUGCAAAAACUAUCAAGCUAAGUGGUUCUUUGACCGAAAGAAUGGCUUCUGUGCACAGUUCUGGUACGGAGGUUGUGGAGGCAAUGGUAAUAGAUUCGACACUGAGUCUCUCUGCUUGAAAAACUGCAUGAGGUCAGUACCGGAGCAACAGCCAGAGGAGCAGCAGUUUGAACAGGUGGAUGUUCCAGCUACAGUGCCGUCUUUGGAUGUGGACAUUUGCCAGCUUCCCAAAGAGGAAGGUACUUGUGCCAAAUUCGUCCUCAAAUGGCACUAUGAUGCCUCCAGCAAGAGUUGUGCACGCUUUUGGUACGGAGGCUGUGGAGGAAACAAGAAUAGAUUCGACACAGAAGAGGAGUGUCUGAAGGCUUGUGGGAAACCAGCACCAGUCAACCCAGGAAUCAUCACCACAAUAAGAACAUAGGACACAAAGGAUGGACAUGGCCAGCUUUUACCUCUGUUUGAAGGAUUCUUAGAAGAACAAUCCAAUAUGGCCAUGCUGUAAGGACGCAUUACCAAAGCAAUGGUGGUUGCACUGGAUUCCACAAACAUGAACUUUACCCCCCAAUUUCUUGAAAUAGUCUUUUCACAUGAAGGAAGAACGCAACACUAUUGGCUGUAUGAAUUGUUUGAAUCUAUUGGUGCUACAUCGUAUAUUUGUUCUACAGAUGGAGCUGUUAAUAAAUGCAGCAUUUUGUAAAGUCAAGUUCUUAGACAGGAUGUCAUACAAGGUUUAUAUUUUUCAAAAGGCAGUUUUUUAGCUAAACAAUAAACAUAUAUGAAUGUCUUGGGUGGAGAUUAUCAGUAAAUCAGUACAUUCAGGACUGGCAUUACUCAAUGCAGAAAUUGUGUUUCAUGUAGUGUUUUUUAUUUUAUUUUCAUACAUUCCGCAUUCACAUUGGCAGCAUUCGAUUAAAUUGUUGUCAAACUCGUUUGAUCCCUGUGGAAUCAUUACUUCACUUUUGCACCGUUACAGAAUCCACAGUAAUGUCUAAACAAGUUUUGUAUGGCAGUGUGUGUAUUUGGACGACAGUGACAAGCUAUUCAGAUUCACACAUUAAUGUAAUGUUAAGUGCACUUCUGGAUCCAUUGCAACGAACCAGCUAUUAAGAAAUGGAAUGUACUUGUCAAGCGGAUUUGUAUUUUUAUUUUUUUUUUUCUUUCAUUUGAGUUUACUGAAGAUUAUGUUUCAUCUGGGUUUGGGGGAAAUAAAACCAAAUUAAACUUUCUAAUAAACACAAGA